CCUACUAGCUCGGAAGGAGGCGUGGGCAUGGAGGCGGCUGGGGACGCCGAGCCCGGGGCUGGCUCUGAUGCCUAGGGCGCCCUGUGGGCUCCGUGGGGGCACGGCCCGGUGCUGCGCGGAUGGCCCUGCUUCCGCGGCACGCGCUCGCCUUCGUCCUCCUCCUCUUCGUGCCUGCCGCUCUCAGGUGCCAGGAGCAGGCCCAGACUACCGACUGGCGGGCCACGCUGAAGACCAUCCGGAACGGCGUGCACAAGAUAGACACGUACCUGAACGCCGCCUUGGACCUCCUCGGAGGCGAGGAUGGGCUCUGCCAGUACAAGUGCAAUGACGGAUCUAAGCCUUUCCCACGUUACGGUUAUAAACCCUCCCCGCCGAAUGGAUGUGGCUCUCCACUGUUUGGUGUUCACCUUAAUAUUGGCAUCCCUUCCCUGACAAAGUGCUGUAACCAACACGACAGGUGCUAUGAGACCUGCGGCAAGAGCAAGAACGACUGCGAUGAGGAGUUCCAGUAUUGCCUCUCUAAGAUCUGCCGGGAUGUGCAGAAGACACUAGGACUGGCUCAGCACGUUCAGGCCUGUGAAACCACAGUGGAGCUCUUGUUUGACAGUGUUAUACAUUUAGGCUGUAAACCGUAUCUGGACAGCCAACGAGCCGCAUGUAGGUGUCGCUACGAAGAGAAAAGUGAUCUUUAAAGAAGAUGCUGACAGUUGGUGACAGCAGAUAAGGACAGAAGAAUAUAGCCUUUGACAAAGAUCUACUGUUUUUAUACCACAAAGCUGCCUUAUUUUUGUGAAAGGGUUAUUUUAAGACUUUAUUUUGGCAUUAAAGUACAAACUAAAGAAAAAUGUGUGGGAGGUGAUCUUCCUGGAUGUUGCUGCCUUAUUGUACCGAAUUGUCUUGACCAGUUUCAGAAAGAGGUGCAUGUUAAGGGGAGAAUAUUUUAAAAGGAGUCUGUAUCUCAGUAUUCACAACUGUAUUUACCAAAACAAUGAGGUCAAAUGUAAAAUUGAUUACAAGGUAUGUUGAACAUAAUCUUAUUUGGAAAUAUGGGAAAAUCUUCACUUAGAAGUAUAUGUUUACGAUAAAAUUUUAAAUACACAUUUAUUCCUGGAAA